AUGCUUCUACCGCAGGCUGCCGAAAGACUUUUGCAAACUCUGACUAAGUACAGCAGCAUGAUAGGCCAGGAAAAGCUUGUUUUGCCAGAUCUGGAGAUUGCCGAGAGAAAGGGCCACUGCCAGGAGCUGAUAGAAGAGAUUGACAAAGAGCUAUCAAUUGAGCCACUGAGUCUUCUCAAGCAAAUAGAGGAGAUUUUGGAAGAUAUUCACAAAAAGUGUGUCAGCACCGAAACUGCAGAAGAAGAGAGCAUUCUCCCGGAGCAAACAACAAUUCUUAUUCAGUCCCAGUCCAAGAAGAGGUUUGUUCUGUCAAAGAAUAUUCCUCGGCCCCAAAUAAACUUUAAAAGCAGGAAAGACACGUACGCAAUGAAGUCUGAAGGGUUUUGUUUUUCAAAGCAAGCGAAAAGCGCAGAGAGCACAUCAGCAGCAAGAGAUAGUGCGCAGCAGAGGGAGGGAGGCCUGCCAGGUGCAAAGGAAAUGGAAGUGCAAUCAGAUGUCUUAAAGCAGGCGUACAAUGCAUUAAAGAAUGUUGACUCUGCUGCAGACAUAACCCCGAUUAUUUACUACAUAAAAACAGAAGAGGAGUGCGAAAUGGCAAACUCGCAUAUUAUGCAAGAGAAGAUCAUUGGGGUCGACAUAAAGACACAUAAAUUUAGAAGCUACAGCGGAUUCACUUGCUACAUCCAGGUGGCAACUCUUGAAAGCGUAUACAUAUUUGACAUGAUAGAGCUAAGAAACCACUCCAAGCUGCUUACCUUCUGGAGUGAGCCGUCAAUUGUCAAAGUAUUCUAUAAAGCGUCAGAGAAGAUUGCCUGGCUAAGAAAGGACCUGCAGUACACAGUGGUCUCUUACAUUGAUCUGCUAAGCCUGCAUGGAUACCCAGAAGAGCCUAUCAGAAAUCUAGGCAGGGCAGUAUUCUAUUCAACAGGAAGGCAGGUCAGAAAGAAGUUGCAGCUCAUGGACUGGAGGUACAAGCCGGUUUCAGACGAAAUGUAUACAGAUCUGACAGAACAAGUUGGAUACCUUCUACUUGCAGCAGCAGGCAUGAUCAGCAGGUGCACAGAGAAGGAGUUUGUGUCCGGAUAUAAAUAUGGAGUGGAGGCAGUCCAGGAGCCUCUUACACCAGAAGAGUUUCUGCUUGCUAAGGGGAUAGAGCCAACAGAGUCGCUUGUAAAAAUAGUUAUGCUCAGGGACUUCAUAGCAAAACAAGAAGAUGAAAGUCCACAGUUCCUCAUGACAGACAGACAGCUGGUUAGAUUUAUAAAAGAGCAGCCCUCCUCACCAGAGCAAAUAUUCUCUCUCUUCAAGAAAAUCAGCCCUCUUUUUAAGGCAAAUAUGAACAACUUCGUAAAUCUGCUGCACUCAAAGCACAAGUCAUCUUCAUUUAACAUGACAGCCUUGAAAGAUAGAUCGUAA